AUGGCAAACGCCACGGAAGUCGACGUGCUCAACGCCUCCGCCGCCAGCAGCAGCAGCAGCAGCAGCACCACCACCACCACCACCACCACCACCACGCCCCUCCAGGACGUCGACUUCCUGCUCCUCGAGCUCAAGCUCGUCCUCUCCGCCCUGGGCAUCAUCUACCUCGGCUCGCACGCCGCCCUGCGCCGCCCCCCCUCCGCCGCCCCCCGGCGCGGCUCCGGCACCGACGCCGCCCAGAAGCAGCGCGACCGCGACCGCGACCGCGACCGCUCCUCCCUGCAGGGCCUGGAGCCGUCCGACGCCAUCGUGUUCCCCCUCAUGGCGGCCGUGGUCCUCGUCGCGCUGUACUACCUCAUCCUGUGGCUCAAGGACCCGGCCGUGCUGAACAAGAUCCUGAGGUACUACAUGUCGACCGUCUCCGUCGCCAGCGUCCUGACGCUCUACGCCCACGCCAUCGACCUGGCCGCCUCGCUCGCCUUCCCGACCUACUGGCGCGGCGGGGACGGCCUGCUCCGCCGCGCCGACCAGACCACCAGGACCGUCGCCGUGUGCGACGACGUGGGCAACGCCGCCCCCGCCGCCGGUCCCCCGCCCCCGCGCAGUAGUCCGGUGCCGGGGCCCCUCGGCGGCCUGCUGGCCGGCUCCGAGAGAGCCACCGGGGUGGCGUGGGAGCUGCGCGGCCUGCUCACGAGGCACUGGCGCCUCAGGCUCUUUGUCCACGGCGUGGGGGAGGAGACGGCCAAGGUGCGCUUCUCGCACAUGACGGCCCUGCUGCUGAGCGUGGCCACCGCCCUGGUGUACUUUUCCACCACGUCGCCCUUGCUGUCCAACGUGCUGGGGAUCGGCAUGUGCUACAGCUCGUUUCUGAUCCUGUCGCCCACGGACCUGCUGACGGGGAGUUUGGUGCUGUGGGGGCUGUUUUUCUACGACAUCUUGAUGGUGUUUUACACUCCCUACAUGAUUACCGUAGCCACCACCCUCGACGUCCCCAUCAAGCUCGCCUUCGAAGCCGGCUCCCGCAAGAGCAUCCUCGGCCUCGGCGACAUCGUGAUUCCCGGCAUGCUGAUCGCCUGGGCCCUCCGGCUCGACCUCUGGCUGCACUACGUCGGCAAGCUCAAGUACGAGCCGGCGAGCCUCCGCAUCGUCGAGCGGGACCCCUCGACCGGGCUCGUGGCGCAGCGCAGCGACACCAAGCACCGGCAGGUCAAGGCGCGCUACGUCGAGGUCAAGAACCGCUGGGGCGACGGGCUCUGGACGCGCGGCGGGCGGCUGUUCCUCCGGCGGCCGCGGCAGCUGCCGGCCGACCUGGCGGCCGCGCGGUUCCCCAAGGUCUACUUCCGCGCGUCCAUGGCCGGGUACGCGCUCGGCAUGGCGGCGACGCUGGCCAUGCUGCUGGUGUUUGAGCGCGGCCAGCCGGCCCUGCUGUACCUGGUGCCGGGCGUGCUGGGCUCGCUGGUCGCCACGGCCCUGGCGCGGGGGCAGCUGGGCGACGUGUGCCGGUACACCGAGGACGGGAGCCUGGACACCGAGGACGUGGUGGUGGACCUGGACGGCGACGGCAACGUCGUCAAGACGGUGGGGGUGUGCCGCGACGGGGUCGUCGACACGACCAAGCGCGAGGGCAAGGGCGAGGCGGACGCGGACGCGGACGCGGACGCGAAGCCCAAGGAGGAGCAGGCGGGAGAGGGAGAGGGAGAGGGAGAGGGCGAGGGCAAGGACGACGGGACGGGCAAGGCGCGCGAGACGGGCGGCGGCCACAGCGUGCUUGUGCUGUCGAUAGAAGCUCCCGCGGAGCACGACGAGGAGUACUAG